AUGGCGGGUAUCGACCAGAAAUCAUUCCUGGGAUCUUUUUCUCCAUGGAGUACACCGAAGACAUCCCAACCUCAUUUAAAUCGACCGGGAGUAGAUGCACUACAGCGCUCACAGGGCGAGGACCAUACUGUAACCCAUCGACAUCGGCCGAGCCUGCGACAUUACCCUCCAGAUUGCCCGCCGCUUAAAGUGAGAUGGUUCUAUGCUGUGGAUUCGCCAAAGCGCAAGCCUGGCCUUCUUGAACCGAAAAAGGCCGACCAGAAACCGCCUCCUCCUCCCAAAAAGUUCACACCGUUCUCAUCAAAAGACUCACAGUCUAUCGAAACAACGUACCUCCAACUAUCAGAAAUCGAAGACUCCAAGACAGCCUCCCAAGCCCAGUCCAAGCCCUCGACUCCAGUCUCGAAGAAAGUACCAGUGAAUGAGGAUUAUCUCUUUGAUGUGGAUGUGGAAGCACGAGAGCUAGGCCCAGCUUACUGGAUCGGUCCCAUCUAUGAAGUUCGUCGUGGAACGUGGUUCUUUCAAGAUGGCUCGAACUUGAAACCUUGUGAAGAGAAUCUUGCAACCCAAUUGGAAGAAGGUUAUCUGAAAUUACAACCGUGGCGGACAGAUGCGGAGUCUAAAACAUCUGGGCUUGCCACCAAAGAUGCACAGGCUGGAUCGGAGGGGGAAACGAACUCCCAGAAUUUCCAGCCUGACCUCGGAAUCCCAAGCGUCCAAGGCUCAGCUAAGUCGACCCCUCAGACUAUAGCAAACGAAUCCUCCCCCGGAUCUACCUCGGAUCCCCAGCAGUACCGCCUCUUUGGAGCCUACAUGAAUAGGAUUGUGGUUUACCAAGAUGCUUCUACGGCCUGGAUCAACACUGACGACUUCAUGUCACGUGUCAGCACGACCGUAUACCAAAAGCUAGGUGGUGUCCCUGGCACAAAGGUCGUGCGUGGUCUGGGGGAACCCAGACGGGCAAAAGAGACUGAGUCUCGGGCCCAAGAACGCAACCCCACCGAAAAGACGGUCAGUGGGAGUAGUUCUGAACCCCCCGGAAUGGAAAAUUUCCUUACUGGACAGGAUUCAGUGGAGACGCCAACUGCGAAAUCUGUGUUCGAGACUGAUCCCUUGGAGAAGCGGUCAAGGUCUACACUGGAACGGCAGAUGUCAUCUCUUGCAGGAGAGCCGCAAAACCCAGCGGAACUCGAGGAACAAGCCCGUCGACAGGAAGAGCAGGAGAUGGAAGACCUGAGAGAAGUCAACAGUGAAGAUAGAGAACGCGCGGUUGAUCAUUUGGUAUUGGUAACCCAUGGCAUUGGCCAGCGACUUGGAUUGCGGCUGGAAAGUAUUAACUUCAUUCAUGAUGUGAAUGUACUUCGGAAGACGCUUAAGGGGGUUUACAAAGUCUCGCCUGACCUCCAAGCACUCAACUCAGCGUUCGGAGACAGCGAUAGCAACUGCCGCGUUCAAGUGCUUCCCGUGUGCUGGCGUCAUCUCCUGGAUUUUCCCUAUCGCGGGGUCCGACAGAACCGGAAGGAACUUGAUCUUACCGAUGCUGACACGUUUGAGGAUGAUGCAUACCCUAGCUUGGCAGAUAUCACAUUGGAAAGUGUGCCCGCCGUGCGAAAUCUUAUUUCAGACCUGGCAAUGGAUGUACUGCUUUAUCAAAGUGGAUACUGCGAACACAUUUCCAAUAUUGUGAAACAAGAAUGCAAUCGAAUUCUUCAGCUCUAUCAGAAGCGUAAUCCCUCUUUCAAGGGAUCGGUCAGUCUUUGUGGCCAUUCCCUCGGAAGCGCAAUCCUUUUCGACAUAUUAUGCCACCAACCAAGUGACGUCCACGGCACCCAAGAGAACAAUGCUGGGACAGAGGAGAGCGAUGAUGCUCCAGAUCAACGAGGUGGAGGAUCUAGCGCCUUGGAUUUUGAAUGCCAAGAGUUCUUUUGCCUUGGGUCUCCCAUUGCGCUCUUUCAAAUGCUGAAGGGGAAAACCAUUGCAGGACACUCCCUCUUGGGUGCGAGAAGUCGCACAGGCGCAUUGGACGUGGAGUUUGGACCCAACGCUUUUGGGUCAUUCAAGUGCUCCAAACGUGACUCACACGGUGAUGAUGGGAUUUAUAAUCCUGCAAUUGAUUCUGCACCCAAAUGUCGUGAUCUUUACAAUAUCUUUCAUCCAUCAGACCCUGUGAGUUAUCGUAUUGAGCCGCUAGUCUCCCCAGCGAUGGCAAGUCUUAAGCCUCAACCCUUACCGUCGGUGAAGAAAAGUUUGUGGGCAGCAUCAGGCCAAAGCCUUUCAAUACUCAAAGAUCGUAUGGGGCAAAGUGUGGGUUCCCUCUGGAGCAAUUUCACAUCUGGCGUCGCCAGCAGCUUGCUGAACCGCCAUCUGGGUUUGAAUGCCGACGAAGCCCCUGCCACCGGAAAGCCACAUGGAAACGUGCCAGGGCACACCCACACACAGUCCGGAAUCUCACAUGGUUCCUCACACGGUUCCGAAGAUCAAUUCCAGACCUUGAUUGACCCCGACCUUGAAACUCUUUACGAUGGGUUCCAAAAGAGUCGCAAAAAAGACUCGACACUUGCAUCUGGCGAGAUUGACAUCGAUAUAAAUUCUGAUGAACAGGCGCGAAAGAUGAAAUUUGAAGAUGCCAAAGUGCGAUCGCUGAACUCCAAUGGUCGCAUUGAUUAUAGUGUGCAAGAGUAA